UCUGCAUGAUAAUUAGCUAAGAAAAAUCCGAUCCUUACACUUAAAUCCCAGCCCUGCCUGACCCUCCUAAGUCCUAACAUCCACUUGGACUUCACCUCUCUGCUGCUCCAAAUUCCAGCACAUCCAAAAACUUGCCACUGCAGGCAGCCCCAGACCCAGGCACUCAGAAAAUCCCCAAAUUCCGAAGACAAACAAAUUCCAAAACUAAGAAGAAGCAGCAGCAGGAGCAGCCAAACAGCAACAGCAACAUAAUUUCGGAAAGAAAAAGAGAGGAAAAAAAAAAAAAAGCAAAGAUAAGAACUAAGAAGAAGAAGAAAAAAAAAAACUCCAUGUGCUCUCUUCCCCAAUUUCUCCUUCUUCUUCCUUAGUAUAUCCUAGUCUCCUGCUUAAUCUUUCUCACCUAGUCUUGUACCAUCAUUCCGCCAUUCGUUUCCUCUCUCUUUCUCUCUCUUCUUUGAUUCAACCUUCUGUCUCUACUUCUUGGGAGGGCUUUCUUCACGGAGAUGGAUGGAAUGUACGGUCUGCACUCCUCGACGUCGGAGUACGCGGACAAGUCCCUGAUGUCGCCGGAGAAUCUCAUCCUUCCUUCGGACUACCAGAGCUUCCUCGCCUCCACCGACAACUUUCGCGAUCGCAGCAGCCACCACCACCACGGCAACUCCAGCGGCGUCCCAAUCUUCGGAUCCGACGAGUUUCUCUCCGCCGCGUCGGAGUCCGCCUCCAUUACUCCCGAGAUUCACCACCGGGAGGAAGAAUUCUCUGCGCUCAUCAAAGCCAAAAUCGCCUCCCAUCCUUCUUACCCCCGCUUGCUCGACGCCUAUAUUGAUUGCCAGAAGGUAGGAGCACCUCCGGAGAUAUCGAGCUUGUUGGACGAAAUCCGUCAAGAGAAUGAUAUUUAUUGCCGGAGAGAUGCCGCAGCGUGCUUGGGAGCUGAUCCCGAGCUGGACGAGUUCAUGGAAACAUACUGCGAUGUAUUGGUCAAAUACAAAUCGGAUCUGGAGCGGCCGUUUGAUGAGGCGACCACUUUCUUGAACAAUAUCGAAAUUCAGCUUCGCAAUCUGUGCACAGGCGCCUCAAUCCGAAGAAGCGUAUCUGCAGUGUUGUCAUUGACUCUGUGGGCAGACGAAGGUGCUGUAUCGUCCGAGGAGGAGUUGACUGGAGGAGAGACGGAGGAGGCACAUGACGGUCAACCAAGCAGCGAAGACCGCGAUCUGAAGGAUAGACUUCUGCGUAGGUUUGGGAGCCACAUUAGCUCACUUAAGCUCGAAUUCUCAAAGAAGAAGAAGAAAGGGAAGCUACCAAAGGAAGCAAGGCAGACCUUACUUGAGUGGUGGAAUGUUCACUACAAAUGGCCGUAUCCCACUGAAGCUGAUAAGAUAGCGUUGGCAGAAUCGACAGGGCUGGAUCAGAAGCAGAUCAACAACUGGUUCAUAAAUCAACGGAAGCGGCACUGGAAGCCAUCGGAGAACAUGCAGUUCGGAAUCAUGGAUGGUAUGUCUGGACAAUUCUAUGCAGAUGAUUGAAGGUCGAUCGAAGGCCCCCAGCUUGACCGGACAUUCGGGAAUGAAAAUUGCUCCAAUAGUUUGGAAGAUAUAUUUCAUCUGGUGCUGGACAUUAUUCUAUUCUUCUUUCUUCUUUUUUUAUGAAUGAAUGAAUGAGAGUAUGCUGUGGUGGACUUCAAGAGCCAGAUCUCGUACUCCGAAUGGAUUGAAAAUUGAAAGUUGUUCGAACAGAUAUGAAGGAAAUGCAAAGAUUGUUCCAAAAUCCAUUUCCAAGUUGAAGAGAGUGG